CAAUUUGAACUUCAUAAUUCUCUAAAAAUCACAUGUACUUGUUAUUGAGUUAUACAUGUAAGUAUGAAAACUACAUUAAAAGUAGGUAAGUACUCACUUUAUUAUUAUGUUUUAUUCCAGUUUUAAAACUGUGUAUACUUACCGAGUUUUAUUUGUAUAUUUGUUUUAUUAAGUAACACAAUGUAAUUCGGUAUGUAAGUACCUACUACUUUACACAAGCAGGUAGUAUUAUAGUAAUAGUAGUAGUUUAUGAACAACAAUUGAACAUGACAACUAUAUUAUGUAAUUAAUAUACGAUUAUACUACCCACUACUUUAUUUUUAAACAAUUAACAAAAGUAAUUAUAACUUAUUUUGGGGAAAAAUAUAAAUAAAAGCGUGGCAACAUUCCCACAUUUUCCACUCCGCCGCCAUUGGUCCGCGAGUUGCAGUAGUGACGUGGGCUGCUUCCAGCGGCGGCCAUGUCUGAUCAUAAAUGUGUGUUCGACUGCUGCCAAAACAGAACUGGAGAUUCCGCGAAGUCCGGGCUUUUCUUCAUCACCAUUCGCACCGUUCCAAGAGUAAUACGUAAACAAUGGACUAAAAUAAUAGCCCGCGAGAAAUGCGAUCCUUAUUUCGAACCGAAUGAUUACAGUGUGAUGUGUUCUGAACAUUUCGCUCCUUAUGAAAUUUCUGAAAGUCGUAUAAAUACUACAGCUCUACCGACAAUUAACAUCGGUCCUUAUGAUGAUACAGUUGUCAUACCAGAUGACGAAAAAAUUAUCAGUAAAUAUGAUGAUAUUAUCUGUAUAAUAGAAAAUCAAAUAUCCGCAGAACCCAAGCCUCAAACUACACAAAUUAUUUAUUAUAGAAGCAGGAAGAUGACAUCGAAAAUCAAAUCCAAUGGAGUUUGGUAGGAACUAGUAAAUAUUUCGAAGGUCUACUACAAAAUGAUGAUUUACUGAGUACAAAAAAGUUGGAUACAAAACAUGCAAUUAAAGAAGUUAAGGUGGAUGAUGACGUAGUGAUUAUAGAUGACGAAGAAGAUAAUAUAGAUUAUUAUAUAAAUAGUAAUAAAGAACCUGAAAAUGUAAAAUUCAAAGAUCAGUAUUCAGAAUUCCUCCAGAAUUACGACAGUUCAAAGAUGUGGAGAGUGAAAAAAACAGGAAAAGUUGAUCCUGAAAAAGUUAAAGGAGUGUCUAAACCUAAACAAGUGGUAGCAGCAUCUCAGAAACAAGUUGCUGCAUCAUCACAGAAGCCUUCUCUAAAACAAACAGCAGCAACAGACUUAGCUACGAAAGCUAAUACUUCACCAACAUUUCUACUAACACAACCGAUUGCAACAACCUCUCAAUUCAUGGCAACAUCACAAAACACAUUCACACCUCCAUUUUUAAUCACUCCAUUAGAUGGACAAACUCCGCAAUUUAUACUACCUCCACAAAAUCAAACAACACAACAAAAUGCCGCGGCUCAAUUACUGGCCAUAUCGACUGCAAUUGUUAGGAGUAUACAUCCUGACUCCAUAUUAAUGACAGACAACAGUCCGCCAACAUAUUUGUUGAGCAAUUUUGUAACGGCUCCUUCUCAACACUUGAGUGGAACUAAUACUGAUGGGAAAACGAAACAGCGUGACUUGACUUUUAUUGAUGAUUUACCGUCAAAGACCCCAUCACUUGAAAAUGAAGAUGAAAAUCAAUUCCAACCAGUUAUUAUAAAAACUGAAAGAGUUGAAAAUUUUUAAACAGAGUUAUUAUAAGAGAGAUAUUGCUAUAAAGAUAAGUAAAGCUUGAUAUUGGCGUUGGGUGUUUAUAUAAAAAUAAAGUAAAUGUGAUAUUAGGGUAAAUAAAAUAGAUUCCACAGGAGCAGCAGUAUAUAACACAGAAGUUAUUUGGUUUUUAUUUCUAAUUUUUUGUUUAGCUUAAUAGUACUAGUCACAAAUGUUUACUAUCGAAAACUGCGAUAUUUUGGGCGUACGCAACCCCUUUAGUCAGGAACACUGCUAGAAACAGACAAACCGACAGACAAACAUAAUCUUACCAAAAACUAUAAUUAUCUCAUAGGAUGUUACACGUAUUAUGUAAAAAUUUUAUAUUUUGUAAUAAAAAUAUAUAACAGCUAUUUCUUUAGACUAAUUAGAUACGGACUAAUAUCUCACUCACAAAUUCACGAGUAAAAUUGUAUGUCGUUUUUUGAGAAGAGCGAAGUUAUUCAUCACCAAUAAAUAUAUUUUGUGCCCAUACACUACACAUAACAAUAAUGAACACACGUGUUAUUUUUACACAAGCUAAUAUAACUUUAUCAAAUAGAUCGUUUAGUCUCAUUACACAGAAUGUUCGACAUCUUGAUCGAUGACUGACUGAAGAAUCGACUACUUUGAGAUACUGUUUAUUUGAUAUAAGUUUAAAAUACAACAAAUGAAACGUAAUUCCAUCUUUUAGUAAUAGUAGUAGUAGAAGUUGUUGACUGUUUUUUGCACCAAAAGCUUUUAUAAAUGCUUAAAAUCGUUCAUCUUGUACUUUGACAGAGCGGUGACGUUUAGCGACUCAGGUCCUGAUCGAAUUAGUCUAAAACUAUUUCAUAUCACAUUAGUGUGUAUAUUAUAAUAUUAAUAUUGAGACUGUUUAGAAAAUAAUUAUUGUUUAUUUGAACUAUUUUUCUGUGAAUUUAAAAUAGAAUUAUUUUUGUUAUGGUACAUUGAAUGUGAUAACGCAUUAAAACCUGUCAUUUAUUAAAUUCCAUGGAAAUGUUUUUAUAUUAUAUGACGUAAAGAAUCAACAUAUAGUUGUGGUGGCCCUUAGUCUUAAACCUACUACGUUUUGAGGUACGAUUCUCUCACAAUAUUCUCUAUAUUUUUACUACUUCUCACUUCCUCUAAAAGUCAUUAAUGUGAAUACUCGAAUGAUUAAUUUCAAGUAAAUGAAAAAUUUAAGUAAACUUACAAUAACUAGUAAAUGCAAAUCAAACAUCGCUUAUAUGUACUAAUCCUUACUUUCGAUGAGAGCGAGAGAUCUGAGUAGAAACACGCUACCAUACCGUCGUCCUACUCUAUUGUACGGCGCAAACUGUGACGUCACAGUGCGAAGACCGGCAACGCAUGCGAGCUCUGCCGCCGCGCGCCGCGCCAGGCGUGAGGCGCCACCAUGACCACAUGACGAUGACACCGCACCGCCAGCCGGUGACGUCGCAGUUUGUACAACCUUGUGAAACAUGAUCGGUAAACAAUAGUAUCUACUUAUAUAUAACUAUUCGAUACCUGCUAGCGUACAAACGAACAAUGCGAUUUAUUUAAGUAUUUUUUGUUUGAAAUAUUCAUAAAGUAAAAAUUUCUGUAAGUAUCUCAGGCAGUGACGCAGUGACAUACUAACAUUGAUCCCCGGCAUACAAUAACCGAUAGCAAUCAUACAAGAUAAGAAAAUCAUAUCACAGUAAUAUUAUAAAGGCGAAAGUUUAUGUGAAUGUGUGUGUGAGUGUAUGUUUGUUCCUCCUUUAAGCUGCGGCUACUGAAGCGAUUUGGCUGGAAUUUGGAAGGAAAUAGAUUUUACUCUAGAUUAACACAUAGGCUACUUUUCAUCUCGGAAAUAUCCAUGGUUCCCGCGGGAAUUGGGAAAAACUGAAUUCCACGCAGACAAAGUCGCGAGCGUCCGCUAGUAAGAAUAUAUAGCAAUGACAUUAUAUUGUACCCAAUGUUCAUUUCUCAGAAUACAGAAAAUCAUUUUAUACUAGUAGUAGUAAUCAUUGAUUGUACCCAUAUAAUGUAGAAGAAUAUAGAUUAUAGAACAUCAAAACGAAUGUAGCUUUCGCUGCUACCUACAUCAAGUUGAGUAAGUAUGUGCCUAUCUAAGGAGUCAAGUAGGUACUUAGGUACGAGUAGGUUAAGUAGAUACUACUUACCUUUCUUACUUUAAAAUAACGACAGUUGUGGAUAUUCACAUUCACAAAACAAAUUACCAAGUCAAACCAUUAACCAAUACUGAAUCCAUCGUAGGGUAGGUAGGUAAGUAAUUCGUCUGAAGGCUGUAUCGUAUAAAGUUUACACCACAGAGCAUAGAAAACGCUAAAGUAAAAAUUUGUAUAUUAAUAUCAAUUUCAUUUGAGUUAUACUUUUUAAAUCGGAAUCGGGUUACUAUCGCACGCAAGUAGUAAAGUUGGCAGCACUGCGUCGCUCGGGCCGGGCGUCGCGUGACGUCACAGCGCCCCCGCGCCGCGCCCCGCCGCCCGCCGCGCACUGCGCCGUCUCCCGCCGCUGGCAGACGGAACGUCUAGUGAUGUCCGAGAACGUCAUAUACGCCCUAGUUGGCCAUUUGAACGUGAAAUGAGUAUCUAAUCUAUGAACGCGAUACGCGUGUGCUCUGAGUAUUUUAUAUUUACACGAAGGUUAAAGAAAUGAAAUCUUCGAAGCAGACUGAGAAACGUGCCGCCCACAGCAAUGAGGAUGCGGAGGACGGCAAGUCGGUGCGCUACAAGUACUGCGUGGUGCCGCGCUGCCGCAGCAGCACGCGCCGCACGCCGCACAAGCUGUUCCUCAGCAUGCCGCGGGGCGAGGCGCGGCACGCGUGGCUGGCCGCCAUGGGGCGCGGCCCGCAGCACCGCGCGCUGUCGCUCACGUGCAACCGGUUCUGCUGCGAGGACCACUUCAACCUUGAAGAAGACAUGAUAAACUACUUACAGUGGAAACUGAUGGGCAGAAAGGAAACUAAGAAGCUGAUGCUGAGGAAAGGAGUCGUUCCGCACAAAUUUGACUGUCAAACUGAAACCGCAUCAAACCCUCAAGUGGAAGAGCAAAAGCAAUUGAUUUCAGAAAAAACUGAAGAAGAGCAGUUGGAAAUGACUUUGGACCUAAGACGAGCAAAGAUAAAAAAGAUCAACAAUAGGAAACGAAAAGUGACAGAGGAAAAAAACUUGCAAGAUAAAAAGAUUAAAAUGAUUUCACCUGUAUUGGAUGAAGAAUUGAUUUCCGAACAAAAAAAGAAAUUGGAAAAAAUUUCAAAUGUUUCAAAUGAGGCGGAUGUGAUUUCGCAAAAUAUAGAAGAAUUAGGAAAAUAUACGUUCCAAGUAAAAAUUGAAGCAGAAGAAGUUGAAGAAGAACCUAAUGAAGAACUAAUACCAGAAAAUUUCAUUAAUGAUCUAGAGUUACCUGCUGAAGAGUCAAGUAUUUUACUAGACGUUAAUGUCAAAGUUGAGGAACUUGACGAAGAAUUCGAACCGGAAGUUAUAAAAGAAGAAGUACAAGUAGAUGUAAUAGCAGAUUAAGAUUAUAUUUUUGAUGAAAUAAUUCCCUUUUUACCAAAAUAUUAUGCUCUAGUUACUAAGUAGUUAAUGACCGAGUUAAUGAAUGAGUAUUUGUUUGAUAAAAGUUGUACGGUACGAUUUAAAGCAAAACAAUUUCAAGAAAGAAGUAUGCAAUAAAGAGAUUAAAGCUUUCGUGCUGAAUAUUGGAACAAAUUACUCGAACAAACUGCUGAGACAACAAUUGAGAAACCGGUUUUUCUCUGACUUUUGAGAAAGAAAGGUGGAGUCGGAGAAAUUAACAACACAUCCGAAAAGAUAAAUACGUUCUUAUUAUAACUAUUACCUAUAAUGUAUGAAGGUGGAUACUCGUAUAAAUGUAUAAUUGAUAACUGUAGCAAUAAAACUUAAUAAUAAUAUUUAUUAUGGAAAAGUACUAGUUUCUUUUAAAACAGGCGAUGACAUAAUACUUUUAGUUUGUAGUUAUAUAAAAUAAAUGUCGAAUAUUAUAAAAGUCAAUGCUGUUAAUUAUGACAAAUUAAAUAAACCUAUACUCUUAAAACGUAAAUAAAAACAUUUAAUUUCAUUGAAAAUAAAGAUCCUCAUAAUAAUGAAAUAACGCUAACUAACUUGUAAUUUCUUACAUCUCCAAAUAAUAUGGGCGAAAAAGUUUCAUGAAAAGGCAUUUACCUAAAAAUUACCGCACCAUUCACAAGUUUCCUUGUGCCGUGAAACAACA